AAAAAAACUAUAACCUCAAUACUUGUGGGGUGAAGCGGGCGGAGGCUAGAAUAUAUCCAGCUGCCUCCUGUGCCCUCGGCUGUGGACUGGAACACCCCCGGAAUGGUAAGGCUGGCUGGGAGAAGUUGGGGGUGUGGGUAGACACUGAACUGGGAAGGCUGGAGGGGCCCACUGGUCCUGUGCUGAAAAAAGCCUAUGGAAUGGCUUUUUUAAGAAGGCUGCCCAUCAAGAAAUGGCCUAGGCAACAGCCAGCAAACCAUCUUUCUUUUUCAAGCAGUAGAUGGAACAUCAGGUGGAUGGGUCCCCACAGAAGGUUGGGGAGACUUCUUGUUGGUUUUGGUAUGCGUGACCAUCCACUGUGUGUUCUGUUUCAGCACCAGCCAGUGUAGCCAUGGAAGCCAGCUCUGACGGAGAGGAGGAUGCAGAAAGUACAGACAAGGUAACUGAGACAGUGAUGAAUGGCGGCAUGAAGGAAACUCUCAGCCUCACUGUAGAUGCCAAGACAGAAACCGCAGUCUUCAAAAGAGUGUUGAAAUCCUAUCGUGAGGAAGGAAAACUGUCUACCUCUCAAGAUGCUGCUUGUAAAGAUGUCGAGGAGAGCCCUGAGACAGCAGAGGCAAAGUCUGCGGGCCCCCGGCCCCCCAGCAGUAGCCCAGAGCAGAGGACUGACCAGCCAAGCCUGCCAGGCGACACAUCCGUCAACGGCCCCGUAUGAUGAGUGACCCCUGCUUGCUGCUGACUGAGGACCGCAGGCCGCCACCGCUCAGGGCCUCUGGAGACUUCACCUGGAGCCCGCCAGGCCGUCACUGCUGCACUCACUCUGCAAAGGAUCAGGACCAGCAACCUUUAUAUUCUAGAUUCUAAGACAUUGUACAGAGAAAUCCAGAAGUGUAAAAAUAUUGCACAUUGACAAAUACCAAGAAUUUUUGCGUAUGUUUAUAUUGUAUUGUUCUAAAUAAUGGGUAGCCUGUGAAAUACGAUCGUGCCACCCAUGUAAUAAUAGUAGUAAUACUAUAGUUAAAAUGGCUGUAAGAAUAGUUUUAUAAAAGUGAAUACACAGAUCUAUUGUAUUUGAAACAUAACUAUUUGACAAUUAUUAGUGUGACCAAAGUAUUAGGCAGUUUUCAUACAUUUUUCACCUUGUACAAAAUUCUGAAUUCAUUUCUCUUCCAGGCUGGCAAGGAGUUGUAGGGUUGAAAUGCCCUCUAAGUGUUAUUUUGGUUGUUCUAACUUACAAACGUGAUUUUGAAUAAGAAAUAUUUGGUGUUCUUUUUAUAACCAGGUUUUGAUUGGUAACUGUUUUCUGUAUUGUUUUAAACGGAUCAAAAAAUGUAAGUCUAUUGGUAGAGAUUAAGUAUUUAUUGCUACAACUUAGUUGAUAAAUUGAUGUUACUGUAAAGCCAUAUGUUCUGUUGAAGUCUUGUUUGCUUGAAAUGGUUCCUCCUACAGGUGAGACACUAGACUGUUUGGGGUGUACGUGGCUUGUGGUUUGAGUUACUUUGUUUCUCGUUUUUGUUUUUUUUGUUUUGUUUUGUUUUGGUAGUUCCUCUGCCUUUUAACCCAUUCACCCAAAUUUACCUUGUUAACAAGCAUCACCAGUGACCAUUUCUGAGCAGUUUGCAUAUUUAACAAACCUAAACCGUAUCAGGCAGGCCAGUGGAAGAGUGCUCGCGCUGCAGGUGGAUCAGAGCGCAUUCGUUUUGCAGGCUAGUGUUUCCAGCUAGAAAUCAGAACCUGGCACCUACGCAUGGGGAUUGUUCUCCUGUACCUUGUGAGGUUUCCACGCAUAAAUUCUAAGCCAGUGUGUUUUUUUUAGAACUGGUUUGUGUAUAUAUAUAUAGUGAUUAUGGAUACUAAUUCAAUGUAAUUUAUAAUUUUCUAUGUCAAUAUAAAAGUACAUCACAGCCUUCUCAAACAGCUGAAGCAAUAUAUCGUAUAUUGCCAUAUCGUCUGGGGAAAGGGUUAAAUUUCUUCACCUUGCACUUUUAGAUGCAGAUCAGGUUUUCAUUUCUGUAAUAGAAAAUGUUCACGUAUUUUUACAUCAUUUGUUUGUCCUGACCAGUAUUUAAAACCAAAAGGAUAUUCUGAAUAAUGGCCAACGAUUUUUUUAGAACUAGCAUCCCAAGCAGCGUGCCUAAACAUUACAUUGCAUAUGGAAAUAAAAGAAUCAAAUGUUUAAUGCCUUAUUUCUCAUUUACUUUUCCAUUGUAAAUGGUGUCGAAAUCCUGUGUGGGGCUUCCCGCGGCAGACCCAGCACUUGAGGCCGGUGGAGUCAGCGGCACGCCCUGGGACGGACGGCAGGUGCCCCACUUGGCCUUUGCGCACCUCCUCAGGAACCUCUGUUGUGAGCUCCUCAGAAGAGACUGUCCUCGUGCGUUGUCCUCUGGAACCCAGCGCCGCCAGAGGACAGGGCUCCUUUCACGUGUCUCAAGGAUGCGGACUCCGUGACACAGGGCCUUGGGGACCGCUGACGGCUAGCAUGCUCUUACCCCGCCCGCUGGAGAGUCUCGCUGGCCACCGUCGGGGCUUGGCUCCAGGGCUGCCAUGCUGCUGCCUCCAUGCAGUUUGGAUUUGGCUGGCUUCUCCAUCCCACCCAAGGUAACACAGCAUCUCGUGUCACCCCCCUACUGCUGACAUCCGAGCACUUGAGGUUGUUCUUUGCAGUAGUGUUUUGUUUAGCUCAUCUUACGUGGCAGGGAAAGGACAUGAGGAUGGAAAGAAGAAAGUCUGUUGCGGGUGCCAGCCCAAGGGCCAGGAGUAAAAGUACACUCUCAUUUAGCCUCUACUUUAGUUUCUGUGUAUUGGCCAUACUGAAUUGCGAGACUAAUCGAUGUCUACAAUGCAGUACCUGUAUUAAAAAUAACUACAACUAAAAUAAAGCCUGAUUCCUUGUUUCUAGAAA